AUGGACAAGCCCGCCAAACGCACAAGAGUCAACAAACACAAGCGAGUCUCAAGAGCCUGUAAUUACUGCCGUGCUCGGAAGCACAGAUGCGAUGGCAGCCACCCAACCUGCUCGCGAUGCUCUGCCAUCCACUAUCCAUGCAGCUACGGCCCCGACUCCAAGAAACGCGGGCUGCCGACGGGAUAUGUGAGGGCUCUGGAGCUACUCUGGGCACUUGUCUUCACCGUCGUCCCUAAUAGCAAGGUCAUAGUCCAAGAGCUCUUGCCGGGUAUCCAGUUUGCCCUCGAUUCGCGUUCCAGACUGGUCUUGAACAGCAGGCUUGUCAGAGAUUCCGAGACACUCAGAGAAGCUUGGGACGAUAGUGACGUCCAAGAAGAAUUGGAUCAGCUCUUGUCAAAUAUUCAGCAAGGGAACGGCUCCGGUACAAAUUCUGUGGCUUCCAUCAAGGCCGAAACCUCUUCCGCCGACCUCUCCCUUCGUGCCAGGGCAUUUGAGGCUAUCAAAUCUUCACCACCAGUCGACGACGCUCGACGAGCUUCGGGCCCCCUGGAUGCUAAUAGGGCCAGUACACCUCUCCCUCAACACGCGUCAGGGCUCCAAACAGCUCCAUGGAACGACGUAUCAUCCGCCACAUCUGCUCAGCAGGUACGGCGGCUGAUCGAUAUAUACUUUGCCCAUACCAACUGUUGGCUCCCAAUAGUACAAAAGCACAAGAUGCUGGAGUUAUUGUAUUCGCCGUCACGAAAUUCUCGGGCUGAAGAGGGAAACCUGGCCACUCUGUGGGCUGUUCUUGCUUAUGCUUCACUUCAAGAUACCCGUGACCCUACUGGACCGUCUGAUGGCCGAGCCGCUCUUCCUACGCCCGAAGUAAUCUAUUCCAAGGCGAGACAACGGAUACCCAACGAAGAUGCGCGACUGCCAGGCUACGUUCAAGCUUUGCUUAUCCUAGGCCUCUUUAAAAUGGAUCAGGGAGAUCUUGUGUCUUCGUGGCACUUAAUUGGCCAGGCAGUGAGGAUCUGUCUUCAUCUUGAUACCGCGCCUUCUGCCAGCAACGGCUCGAACGUUGCAAAUGUCGAUGAUGACAACCAGAAGCGGCUUCUCCUAAGUUGUUUUAUACUCGAUACUCUGGUAUCAUGUCGUUUGCGCAAGCCGCCCCAUCUCAGGACAGGAGAUUUGUGUUUCUCGCCAAUGCUCGCAGAAACAGGUCCGAAUGAAUGGGAACCACAGAACCUAAACUCUGCAACUUUGGGCAACAUCAACUCCAUGAAUCAGCCUUCUCGGGCAUUAAGUAUCUUCAACUGCUAUGCCAGCUUGAUGCGCAUACUAAACGAUGCCAUGUCGGAUCAUCUAUCCUCGGACAGGCCCUGCACCAAAAGUCUACUAGCACUGAAUCGCUGGUAUGACCGACUCCCGCAACAUUGUCUAAUUUCAUCAUUGUCUGGUCAGGGUCAGCCGGAAGCCACGCAGAAUCUAACGCCACAACAGUUCAACCUUCACCUCGCCUUCACGAGCACUGAGAUGUACCUCAGGUCACAACAGGCUCUUGUCUCCACAGAAGGGCUAUCGAGCACACAAACUGUAGAAUUAACAGGCUUGUCUAUGGGAUAUCUCCUGUCAACUUUUGCGAAGGAGUUCGGUGUAGCUAGCAUGCCUGCUAUAUUCAAGGUCUACCAAGCCAUUGGCGAGAGAAGAGUCUUUAGGUCUGCGCGGCAGGGUCAUUCUGCUGACUCACUGUUCUCGGCAUUGAGCAGCGAGCCCUCUCCUAAUUUGCUACCAACACCUCCGGAGCUCUCUGAAACCAGCGCUGCUAGUACUAAUAGGUCAGGGUGGCUUUCCGCCAUGUCAUUACCUUGCCAAGUAGAGGAUGCAAUGCACGAAUAUGAUAUAGAAACUUGGGGUAAGAUAUUUGGCACCGCAGAGUUGGGUGAAGCAGGCAUAUCAACCCAGCAGGACAAGGAGAGCCUAAACUACUUGAAUGGAAUGGCAUGUCCUGGCUCAGUCGUUGUCAAAGUUCUGAACACAGUAGUAUUCCCUUAUGCCGAAGACAUUCACCAGGGCAAGCUACCUGUGUUCAACCUGAGCCUUCCCCUGGUGCCGCAUCCAAGCCACAUCGGCCGGGUACACGCCGUCGGAUCGGAUGCCAUACUCGCCAAGCCCGGUGACCUGGUCUUUUUCUCGGCCGCCAUCUAUGCGCGAGACGAUCCCAGCGUCAGCAUUAUCCAGGGCCACCACGGCGGAGAGGGCCCGAUCGGCCGCAAGCUCAUGCAAGGAGAAUGGCGGGACGGCGCCCUCCAACAGUAUCAAAAGGUCCCCCUCGAGAAUAUCUUUGUAUUAGACGAGGAUCGACUAUGCACUCAGCUUGGAUACACGCCCGCUGACCUUCAUGAGAUCUCCUUCUACAGCAUCUCUGCUGGAGCUUUAUUCGAUGCUGCUAAUCUACUAGCAGGCGAGACGAUUGUACUUGGGCCAGCCACUGGAACCUACGGAGGUAUCACCUCUGAUAUGGCACUGGCUCUGGGUGCCAACGUCAUUGCCAUUGGUCGCAGUGAGGAAAAGCUCGCACACCUGAAGCAGCAGCUUGGGAACCACGAGCGAUUCAGCUAUGUUGUCAUGAGCGGAGAUGACGAGGCGGAUGCGGCCGCAAUCCAAAAGGCAAGCCCCGAUGGACGCGGUGUCGAAGUUUACAAUGACUGGGCAUCAGGCAGCUUGGAGGGCUCUCCGUACUUCUCGGCCGCCAUACAGGCUGUGCUACCAGAAGGGAGGGUUGUCCUCAGUGGGGCGCCAUCUGGGUCUAUUUCGGUUCCGUACACGCUCGUUAUGCACAAAAACAUCAAGAUCCUUGGGAAGGUCAUGGUCUCACGAGGAGGAAUUGACUUGACUAUCAAGAUGGUGAAUUCGGGGGUUCUCAAGCUCGGCAAGCGCGGGGGCUCGAGCCACAAGGUGUACAGCUUGGAGGAGCAUCACGAGGCUUUCGAGGAUGCAAAGCAGAAUAGUGGCUUUAGAGUCUACACAGACAUUGCUCCUAACCCAUGGUAG